UCUGCAGUGCUGGGGCGAGCGGGGACAGAGGGGGAAAGAGUAAAGCAGCCUCUGCGCUGGGGUUGAGUCUGGUCCCGGCCUUGCUGGGUCCCACAAAACGGGCUCACUGGGGCAGCUCCCCUCGGGCUAUGUUUGACAGCUUCCAGCCCUGGCUUAUUGGUUGACGAGCACGUGCUUUGUUCUCCGAGGUAUUGAUUUAUUAGACCUCUGAUCACCUCCCGGAGAAGCCCGGUGUUGAAGACAGGUAAAAUCAUGUCUAACCAACUCUGGAAAGGGUGGGUCAUCUACAUGGUCAUAACGGCAAAUCUUUCUGAAGAAAAAGCCACGAUGCAGGUGUGUCCUUCAUGUGAUGCCACUCAUUUCUGUGACUGUUCUUCAAUGAAUUUGAGCACCAUUCCUUCAGGGCUAACAACUGAUGUCACGGGGCUAAAUCUGUCCUACAACAGCAUAAAAUAUGUCAGAGAAACUGAUCUGCUGGUGGGUGUGAAUCUGAGAGUGCUGCUGCUGCAAUUCAACCAAAUUUGGACAAUAGAUAAGGAAUCAUUUAUUUUCCUUGGAAAAUUGGAACAUUUGGAUUUAUCAAAUAAUAAGUUGACUCACUUGUCACCCAUUUGGUUUAGACAUCUUUUUUCCCUACAGCACCUAAACAUACAGGGUAAUUUAUAUACAACACUGGGGGAGAAUCCCUUGUUUCUUAAUCUCAAAAAUUUGAGAUAUCUGCACCUGGGGAAUAACAAUUCCUUCUCUGCUAUACGGAAGCAAGACUUUGAUGGAAUUACAGUUCUUGAGCAACUUGAGAUUGAUGGUCAAAGGCUCAGGCAAUAUGAGUCAGGGAGUUUGAUAACAGUUAACAUAAAUCAUAUCAUCAUAAACAUAAAUGACGUUCAGGUGUUAUCGGUGAUGGUAGAAGAUUUUAUACAUUCUGUAAUAUGUUUAGAACUGAGACAUAUAGCCUUCAAUACAGCUAAUGAAUCUUCAUUAUUGGAGCCAAUGAGUCAUUCUGUCAUGGAGAAAUUUGUGUUAAAAAAUGUUUUGUUUACAGAUGCAAGCAUUGACAAAAUGUUAAACAUCUUGGUGCAUGCUGAGCAAUUGUUGGAGCUGGAGCUGGACAAUUCUAUACUGCAGGGAACGGGACACUGGCAUGAACCAAUUAAAAUAAAGAGAAAAAGCCCCAUGGAAGUCGUGACAAUACAGAGAUUAACUAUAGAAAAAUUUUAUUUGUUUUCAGAUCUUAGCAGUUUGAAAAAUCUUGUAGGUAACAUCACUAAAAUCACAGUUGUAAAUACUAAGGUCUUCUUGGUGCCUUGCAACAUUUCAAAACAUUUUUCCUCACUCCUUUAUCUUGAUCUCAGUGAAAAUUUGCUUGCAGAUCCAAAUUUGGAACAUUCAUCCUGUGAUGGUGCAUGGCCCUUGCUGCAAACUUUCAAUUUAAGUCAAAAUACAUUGAGUGAUUUACAAAUGACGGCACGAAGUCUAUCUCAUCUAAAACACCUUACUCACCUAGAU